AUGGUAGCCAAAAUAUCUGACUUUGGCCUGUCAAGAGCUUCCACAACCAAAAGUGGUGGUUAUAAGUCAAGUACUCCUUUAGGCACUCCUGGCUACCUUGCCCCUGAGUAUCAGCAACCCUCUCACAGCUUAAACAAGAAAGGUGAUGUUUACAGUUUCGGAAUUGUGCUCUUUGAGCUGAUCACAGGACAUCCGGCAAUAAUGGAAGAGGAUGGGAGAGAAAGCGUGCCCAUACUUAACCAUGUGACUCCGUUCAUCAAAAGUGGAAAUAAUAAGCUGGGACUUAUGGAUCCACGUCUGCAAGGAAAAUUCGACAUCGACUCAGCUAGCAAAGCGGUAACCAUUGCGGAGUCAUGUACCAGAGAAAUAGUGGCUGACAGGCCGGACAUACGUGUGGUAUUGACGGAACUGCAGGGAUCUUUGACAAGAGGAUCGGCAUCCGAGACAAAGGGGGAGGAAGCAAAACCAAAUGAACAACUCGGAACGACCUCCUUGGAAUUUGAUCCGGCUGCUGGAACCGUGGCAAAGUAG